CGUCUGAAAUUUGACGGUGUCCCUAAAAUCGAAAGCAUGAGAAAAGAGCUCGUAUUCGUUACAAUCUAAAAAGUCUCCAACUCUCAAGUAAAUGCAUUGCUGGGAGCUAUCACCUGCUUUUUAACGCGUGGAGUAAAAUUGCCGACAUCAAACCAUAGGCCAUCACUAAAUCUCAACAUCUCUUUUCUUUCUUGGUUUCGACAAGAGUUGGAGAUUUCUUGUAUUAACAUCGCACUCGAGCAUAUACGAACACUUUUCCAGUUCACUCAAGGUGUUGGGUUCGGGAAGGCUUUUUGAAGAAGUUAGUUUUUAUAUAAAAACAAUAUAAUUGUUUUAUUCAGAAGAUGUCUGGUUCUAGGCAUUGGAGUGGGGUCCAGAGUUGGUUGGUGGUUGCGUGCCUUAUGAUUGUGGUUGAAUAUUCGACAUGUACUCUCCUAGAAGAAAUGGACCUCAUGAGACACAGGAAUGCAGAGAAAAAGGGCGGUCUAAACUGUAGACAGUGUUCAGUGAACAAGGAAUACCUCAUCUCACACAUGGACACUUGCAAAAAUAUCUGUACCAGGCCUUUGGGUAAGAGAGGAUUCGAAGCUGAGGAAGAACAGGAUAACAACAGUGAGAAGAACUCAUCAGUGAAGUCCAGCCAAUGUGUGAUUGAUCCUCUGUACUAUGCUUUAUCUGAGGAAGGCAAGAAACAAGUUAUGCAGGUCUUGACGGAAUGGCUCUGAUGAGAAACUGAUAUGUUUCCGUGUUUUUAUCCUUUCAAAAUAAGUCAUCAGUUAAGUAUAACAUCACAUUUUGUAGAUGAUGCCGAAUGUUGAAUAACAAUUACAUUUUAAAGGUGAAUUUUUUUCAGUACUCGAAUUAGCUUAUUAAUGCAUUUCUUUUAAAGCCCCACUGUCCUACUUGUAGCUACAUGCUCCCUCUAAAUAGAAAACCUCCCCAAUCGGUGCCUGUUGGUCCCCCAUGAUCCUCUUCUUCUAAUGU